GAAGCCACUCACCUUUGUGGUCUAUGAGUCCCCCACGCGCCAUGACGGCCCAUGUAACCGGGUGCGUGCCUCGACGACGCCCCCGCGCCCCUCAGCUCUCCGUGAAUGCGUUGGCUGUGUGGGCUCGUGGGCGGAGGGGUGCGUAGCCGUGGGAGUGACAGGAUACCGGCCAGCGGACGCCGCCACGAUAAAUCAUACCUUGAACGGGUGUGUGAGGGCGAGGGGGAUUGUCCGCGUAAGCGCCGGCGGGGUUGAAGCACGAUCGUCCGGGGCGGUGCUGUUGGGCACUCGAGGAGGGUGUGGGCUGAUGGCAAAAGGCGACGCCCUACUCACGAGUAGGGUGGAAGGGUUGCAAUGUCUGGCGUCGAAGGAGGGUCGUUGGCAACGCUACUCAUCGUCUUUCGCGGACGGCCUAUGCGGCCUACAUCUGCCAACGAUCCCUACCAUGCCGGCACAUCACGAAGUAUCCAAGCCACUGGGCAACACUAGCAGUUGUCAUGCCACAUUGCCUGCCCCAGGUCAUUUUGUGGCUUGUAACGAUGGUCCCGUUCAACGAUCCGACUUCCAUGAGGUCGUUGUCGCUGGACGUACUCUUGGGCGCGUAGAACAUGCAAAUGUGGUCUUCGUGGUCUCUGCCUAUGAAGCUGCAAGCUUCCGGUACGCACGACACGCAGCCAUGUCGACCUCGCGAACGAUCGUUGUGGGCGGCGGUCUCGCCGGUUUGAGUGCGGCGCAUACGGCGCUAGAGAAUGGCGCCACGGUCGUUUUGCUAGAUAAGAAGCCUGCUCUAGGGGGAAAUUCAGUGAAGGCCAGCUCGGGAAUCAACGGCGCCGGCACUCCUGCCCAGCAAGCUAACAACAUUAUCGACACCCCCGAGGCCUUCUACCGCGACACCGAGGCCUCCGCGCGCGACCUCGCUCGCCCCCACCUCAUCAAAGCCCUCACCGACCACUCUGCCCCCACCCUCCAAUGGCUCGUCGACACCUUCGGCGUUGACCUCUCCCUCGUCACCCGCCUCGGCGGGCACAGCAUCCCGCGCACGCACCGUGGAAAGGGCGGCGCGCCCGGCUGGGCGAUGACCUCCGCGCUAGUGAAGGCGCUGGAGGCCAAGUCAGACCGUGCGCAAAUCGUCAAGGACGCGAAGGUGACGGCGUUGCUGAAGGACGGCGGACGCGUCACGGGCGUCGAGUAUGAGGUCGGCGGCGAGAGGCGCACCGAGCAUGGGGCUGUGGUGAUCGCGACUGGAGGCUACGCCGCCGACUUCGCCCCCGGCGGCUUUCUCGCGCAGCACCGCGCCGACCUCACCGCGCUCCCCACCACCAACGGCGAUCACGCUACCGGCGACGGCCACCGCCUCGCCGCCUCCCUCGGCGGCGCCCUCUGCGACAUGGACCAAGUCCAAGUCCACCCCACCGGCUUCGUCGACCCCAAGGACCCCGACGCGAAGACGAAGUUCCUCGCCGCGGAGGCGCUCCGCGGUGUCGGCGGGCUCCUGAUCGACAAGAAUGGGGCACGCUUCGUCAAUGAGCUGGAUCGGAGGGACGCGGUGACGGCGGCGAUGCAGAAGGCGGAGGCGCCGAUUAGGCUGCUGUUGAACCCGCAGGCGGCGGCGGCGUUGGAGGCGCAUUGCAAGUUCUACCAGUCUAAGGGCUUGAUGAAGCGGUAUGAGAAUGCGGCGGAGCUGGCGCAAGACACGGGACUCUCGCUCUCUUCUCUCGAGGCCACAUUCAAGUCGCAUCAGGCGUAUGCCGACGGACGCGAGAAGGACCCCUUCGGGAAGAGCAACUUCGACAACGCUACCUACACCCUUGACGAGCCGCUGCUGGUAGCGCAGAUGACGCCUGUCGUCCACUACACCAUGGGAGGUAUCACCGUUGACGACCAGGCGCGCGUCCUCGACGCAUCUGGCGCACCCAUUCCUGGCCUCUUCGCCGCUGGCGAGGCGAUCGGCGGCGUCCACGGGCGCAAUAGGCUCGGCGGCUCGUCGCUGCUUGAGGCAGUAGUGUUCGGCAGGAUCGCGGGCAAGAGCUCUACGGCGUAA